UAAAAGCGUCCAGGCAGGGCUGCUGACUUCUAAGAGGGCAGGGACGCGGAAUCCGGCCCUCGCGGAGUCACGUCCCACCUUCCCGUCGGAGCCUCCGGGGGGGGGAGGAGGGGUUAGAAGGAACGGAGGUGACUGCCCUCUUUUUUUCAAAGACUCAAGAAUCCCAGCAACUUGCAGUCAAGCGAUUUCGCCCGUGACUUUGCGACAAGCGCUGGACCCGGAGAAGCCUUCCGGACAUCUCAGGAGGGGAAGGUCACAAUGGGUAUCGUUCUUCCAGUUACGAACAAGGGAAGGCACUCUGUGCUGCAUCCAGGCAGAGGAACUGCGCUACACCCUGGAGACCCAUUUCUUCUCCCCUUGGUGUUGAAUGAAGGCAAAUUGGAAGAAAAUAGAUUGGAAAAAUAUUGCAAGAUCAAAUAGGUUUUCCGGGCAGAGAAGUAAAGUCCAUAGAAUGGGAAGCGCUGAAGAGGAAAGACGAGAACACAGAAGAUCUGAGAUGUCACUGUCCUAAUUUGUGGGGAUUUGAUGAAAAUGUCCGGGGUGGAGUAUGAGACACUAUAUAGUUCCAGCAAGUACCCAGGUGAUACUGAUGCUGCUUCUAAAUCGCUGCCAAACUUCCAAAGCAUCAUCCGUCCCUUUUACAGUAUGAUUGCAGCAGACUCAGCAAGAGUGUGUGAUCAAACUUUUGGAUCAUUCUCAACUUCCUGGUGACCACCUGGUUAAUCCAACACUACCUUAUUUCCCCACACCAUCCCCACUGAUGCAAGAUGCCAUUUUUAUCAUAUGUUAAAUUCUUCUGAGUCUAUUUUUAUGCUUUCUAUUUUUCAAUUGAUUUUUCUGACUCUUCAUGUGCCAGGACCACACCAUUUUAAUUAUUGUAGCCUUAUAAUAUGUUUUAACAUCUUGUAGGGUCAUUCAAUCAGCUGUACCCAAGUGAAGAUGGAUUCAAGAGGCAGUGGAUGGUGUAAUUUACGUGUGGCAUCUUUGCAUUACAUGUUUGAAGCUUGUUCACACUUGCCCCGACCAUUGUCAAGUUUGCUGGUUUCCAUAAUACGGGACAAAAGUGGAUGUUGACUGCUGCCACCAGCAGAGAACGUUUCCUCCACAUAGCUGCUGUCUGCCUUGCCCCCGAUGCUGUGAUUCUGCGGGACCCGCCUCUUCACAUUGGCUCAACUCACCUUCGGGCUGGAUAGCAACAGCUGCCUCCCGCCACCAAUUUUGUUCUUACCUGUGAAUCGGAAUUUUUCCAGCUACCCAACAGGAUCUUUGAAAAAAGUGGUGGGGUUUUUUUUUUUUUUUGGAGAAAAUGAGAAUUUUCAUAGCCUUUGAGGGAUCUUUUGACCCGUUUGACGUUUCUGCAGAUGAAACUGUGGAGGCUGUCAAGCUGAUGAUAAAGGAUUAUUUCCACAUUCCUCUCUCUGAGGACGAACAAGGCAGGCGGUAUCUGGAGCUGACGUAUGCUGGAGCAGCCCUGAAGGACAGCUGGAGUCUUGCUGAUGUUGGAAUAUCUUUUUGUUCAACUCUCAAAUGUUUUGUUAAGGAAGAAGAUAAGCCCACUCUCUACGUGUUCAAUGCUGUGACCCAAGAGACGAUGCCGAUAAUGGAGAGCAUUUCCCUUCUUGGUAAAAAAGUGUCUGAUCUGAGAACACUGGUAUCUCUGAGGUGUGGCUUCCCCGUGAGCGUCUUCUGCCUCAGGACCCCAAAGGGACUAGAGAUGUAUGACUGCAACACCCUCAGGGACUACCAGACUGACAUCGGCGCAACACUUCGCUUGGACGUCUGGGAUGGAUGGAAGGAAUUUCUGAUGGGUUGUCUCCUCGGACAAAAACUUAAAGUGCAACGCUAUUUAUCAAACGAAGGACCAGUACUCAAGUAUCAGAAAAGGGUCGCCCUGUACAUCGCCGCCUUUCACGGCCACAUCGAGCUCACUGAGUGGGCCCUGAAGCAGGGCGUGCGGCCCAACGAAGCGGUGGGUGCUCACCCCUGUCGAGCAUGGUGCCACGAAGCCCUUCACGCGGACGUCGCGAAAUGCCCCAUUCACGCAGCUGCAGAGGCAGGCCAGCUGUUGAUUCUGAAGGCCUUUGUCAACGGCAGCGUGCUGUGCCUGGAAUGCAAAAAUGCGGAGGGACAAACUCCCCUGACCGUCGCGUUCAAACACAGGCACAAAGACUGCGUGUUAUAUCUGUUGAGUAAAAUGUGGUCCACAGUUUCUUUUCCGAAAAUUUCAGUCCCCAUGAGGGUUUAUAUUAAAAUAAAACAAUGGAUCCUGAGAGCUCAGAGUCACGGCCUUAAUAAAAGCCAGCUUUGCGGAGUCAGGGUCUUUGGGGCCAAAGUCGGGGACACUGUGAUGGUGGAUGGUUUCAGCAAACCCAGAAUGACCUCCAAGAGCUGGCAUAAGGCUGAGAACCAGGACUCGCAAGGCACCGUGGGCAAGCUCCCGCCCCUCGGGGAGCAAACUGCAGGCCAGAGACCUGUCAGUCCUUGGGCCAUUCCACAGCAGGGCACAAGGGAACCAACCUGCAAAGUUCCUCCGCUGGGAGAUGCAGAUGUGUUCUCUGAAUUGCAAAGAUAUCAACAACAAAAUCGGAAAAAAGUUACUGCCGCAGCUGGGAAAAAAGUGAAGCUCAUAAAAAAUACGUAUCUUCCUCAAGUCCCCCUCCCUCCCGUUUCAAGAGUGGGCUACUCACACCCCUCGUUUUACUACGCAACCCCCAGUGCUGACUUUCUACUCAGAUCCUCCUUCUCAUCGUUCUCUGAGCACAGCGGGAGGACUCCAAGGGAGAACGCCAUCUACUGCUUGGCCGUCGCCAGUGCCUUUAAAGAGAAACGAUGGCUUCAGCAGUUAGGAAUAGCAAGAGUUCUAGCAAAAAAGAGCAUUUCUAACCUGACUACCCAAGGAGGCCUGACAGCAUGUAAAAAUCCUUGGGAAACUGAAACUGCACUGAAAAGUCAUGACAACCCCAGUGUGGGCGAAGACCUGUUCAAACAGAACCUCCAGCUCUAAUGUUAACAUUCCUAACAACUCAGCCUAUAAUUCCUAACAACAGUCCAAAUGCUGCACGACUUUCAACAGGAUAUUUAAUGUUUAACACCAUGUUUUCUUGAACUCCAUCACACUAAGUGAAAAUCUAGGCCAUUUGUUUUUGCACAAAGAGUCUGAGGAAGAAUUCAUAAGAACCUGAGAAUGCAGUCGCCUACAGGGAAACUGGGAGGAUGGGAAACAAGGAUGGGAGUGAGAAUUUUUACUGUUCCUUUCUCUUUUUUGGUUUUCCUGGGUUUGUUUUUAAUGCUUUUAUUUUUUUAAACCAUAUGAAUUGUAGUCUAUAGUUAAAAAAAAUAAAGAGAAUUCUGUAAGCACAGGGAAAGCCCCUAGGACACUUACAAAGACCACGUAGGACUAGUACUGGCCUCAGACAUCAUCUGAACUUCUGCUAAAGCAUUGCUUUCUAUUAGUGUUUACAAACUGACGUAAAGUUUGCAAACAGUGAACUGCACAGAUCUUAAACGUAAGAUUCAAUGGCUGUGACAAAUACAUAGAUCUGUGUAACCAACACCCCAGUCAAGAUGUGAACACUUCCAUUACCCCGGAAAGUUCCUUCAGGCUCCUGAGUCUGCCCCAGUCCCCUCCAGGCGCACGACUCUGAUUUCUCUCUCUGUGCAGUUUCCCAGUCAAAGGAAUCAUACAGUCAUGCACUUUCGCACCUGGGUUAUUCUGCUCAACUUGACGUUCUGAGAUUUAUUUCCUUUGUUGCAUGGAUCAGUAGCACACCCUUUUGUUCUUUGCCACUCUAUGUAGUAAUGGCCCCUUUUUCAUUCCUAAUAUUGGUAACUUUUGCUCUACUUUUAUUUUGUCAUGAAUAUUCAGUCUUGUAAUGGUUUUAUCAAUCUUACUAGUUUUAUUAAUUUUUUUUAUAAUGAACUAUUACUUUUGGUAAUUCUUUCUAUUAUAUAUUUGCUUUCUAAUUUGUUAAUUUCUUUUUUCUUUUUCUUUUUUUUUUUAGUUUCUACUUCUCUGAUUAAGUUCUUUAUCUGUCAUCUAAUAUUUUGGACAUAUUAUUCAUAGUUAUUUCAGAAUCCAAGUCUAAUAUCUCCAAUAUCUAUACUUCCUUCAUACAGCUCUUUCUCAGGUCUUUUUUAUUACUAAGUAAUAUUCCAUUAUAUGGGCACACCAUAAUUUAUCUCUCCAACUGUAUGUACAUUUGGGUUGCCUCCUGUUUUGUCAUAUUGUGAAUAAAACAGCUAUGAACAUUAUUUUAAAGGUAUUUUUCUGGAUAUAUGCUUUCAUUUCUUUUGAGCAAAUACCUAGGAGUGGAACUGCUGAAUAAUAGGGUAAAUGUACACUUAACAUUAUAAGAAACUGCCUAGCAGUUCUUUGAAGUGGUUUUAUGAUUUUACAUUCCCACUAACAAUGUACAAGUGUUCUGGUUGCUUCACAUACUUGCCAAAAUUUCAUGUCAUCAGCGUUUUUGACUUUUAAUUAUUCUAGUGGGUUUGAAAUGACAUCUCAUAUGGUUUUAAUUAGCAUUUACUUGAUGACUAAUGGUAUUGAAUGCUUUUUCAUGUGCUUUUGGCCAUCU